AGGUGAUAGUGAGCAGAGGUGCUGACAAUGAUGGACCAUCUCAGCGAGGCGUGCCUGGGGAAGGAGAACUGUGACCUGGUCAACAGCAUGGGCGACCGCGACUCCAAGGCCCCCCCAGCCAAGCUGGCCCGGCUGGAACAGAACGGUAGCCCCCUGGGCAGGGCCCGCCUGGGCAGCACGGGGGCCAAGCUGGCCGGGGUACCCUACAAACCCUCGGGACACCUCCUCAAGACCUGCCACAAGAGGGGUGAGUGACACUGGUCAGGUUGGUGUGUGUUUAUGUGUGUAAGUGGGUGAGAGAGCACAAUAUAAACCCUCAGACACUUCAAAAGGACCCUCAACAUUUUUACAUUUUAGUCAUUUAGUAGACGCUCUUAUCCAGAGCGACUUACAGUUAGUGAGUGCAUCAAUUAUUAUUAAAAAUUUAAUUUAAAAAAUCAUACUGGCCCCCUGUGGGAAUCGAACCCACAACCCUGGCGUUGCAAACGCCAUGCUCUACCAACUGAGCUACAUCCCUGCCGGCCAUUCCCUCCCCUACCCUGGACGACGCUGGGCCAAUUGUGCACCGCCCCAUUGGUCUCCCGGUCGCGGCCGGCUACGACAGAGCCCAAAUUAUGGCCUGUGUGUUUUUGCAAAAUGAGAGAGAGGUGGAAUGUUGUAAGUGUGGUGUGUGUGCUGUCUGUGUUUAGAAUUGUCAUGUCUUCAUGGUUCACAAGUGUCAUGUUGUCAUGGUUUUGUUUCCGUCUUCCUGCACAAACCGAUUUAAAUGUCCCUUAGUCAUCUUGGUGCAUACACCCACACUUAGGCCUAUCUACGAAGACCCAUUGUUUAUACAGAGGCCGUUUGAGAAUUAUUAUGGUGUUAUUCUGCAUAGCGCUGCAUCACUGUUUCUCUCCUGUUGUUGUUUAUUGAAGAGAAUUUGGGUCCUUUAAGAGCCAUUGCCGCUUAAGGGGCCUUUAUUUUGUGAUGAUGACAUACCUUUUUUAUGUAACUACUGGCCUGGUCAUUACAUGAAUAAUAUUAAUAUUUUAUGACUUUCUAGGGCUAGAUACGAGCAUUCAGACCUGCAGAUGUUCAUGAGGAUUUUAUUAGUGGUUGGCUGUUAAGUCUCAUCUGUUUGUUUGAUGGUGUUUGGUGGGGACUUUUAAACCAUAGAAUGUCGCGUUGAGUGCCAUGAUGGCCCGUUGCUCACCAGCUGAGAAAGUUUAAUUUUCCUCCUCAAUAAUCAUCCUCAGGCCCCGCAUCACUCUGUCCUCCCGUUUUUCAGAACGUUCCAGCAUAUUUUUAGCCUUUUUCGAGAGGAAAUUGUGAAAUUUAUAGAAGUGUCUGUUGCUGAAGUUUCGCAUGGCCACAGUGGGCAUUGUUUGAGCUGAAUAAUAUUUACCAUGGGCUUUUCUCCUCACCAUGAAAACAAAGGCUGCAUUGAUCCCCAAAUGAACCUACACAGCAGUCUUUAUUGUUAGAUCUCUAUCUAUUAAAAUCAGGGAGAGAAGCAGCGUUUCAGCACAUUCCCUGGCAUCUGCUGGUGAUUACCCCGUUUAUUGAUUGUUUGUCAGAGAUGUUUGCAUCUUCAGGAUGCCGGCCAUUAGAAAUAUGGUUCUUUGCAACUGCUCAAACUGAGUUGAUGAAUAAUGUGCUGCAUAUCAUCACCACUGAAGGCUAUAGAGGAACAUUUUAACCAAAAAAUGUUAUGAUGCUCUGAAACUUAAGUCACCGAAAUAAUGUGAAAUUUGCACAGUGCACCCCAAACACUCAACGUCUUUAGACAAGGAUUCCUCGUUUUCUACCUAAUAGCAGUGCAGUGUUUACACAGACUAGUAAACCUCAGGGCGCACCGGAGUGUUGGGAUUUGGAGCGGUGCAUCAUGGGAAGGUGAUAUGGGGUUGACAGCAGAGGCAGAAGCAGUCUAAUGUGAUCUGAGCUCCUUGACAAUGAAUCAACAGAUCACAGCCAAAAUGUGGUCGAAAGCUGAGAUAGGCCAAGAUUCAUCUUAACAACAUUCGAUUUAUUUAGACUUUAGUUCAAAUCGAAUAAUGAUAUCAUUAAUAAUGGCUAAGGACAUUGAAAUCAUUACUCUAAUCAUGAUGUCAUUGAUCAUUAUUAAAUAACUAAAAUCACAGUAGCACCACAUCUACUACCCCUACCACUACUAGUUCUAACAAUGUGAAUAACGCUAAUAAGGAAAUUAUUAUAAAAAACAAUGCAAUAUUAAUCAUUAUGCUGUCACUUAUAAUACGAAUGGCACUGGAAUUCAUUCAUUCAUGAAUAGAGGUAGUCUGACUGUAUCAGCUGUGUCUAAAUGUAAUAUUAAUCCCCCCAUUGAAGGUCACCAUUUGUCAUGUCUGAGCCCCCACUGUGUUGCUCUGUGUCUCUCCAGGCAACAUGCUCCCUGUGUUCUGCGUGGUGGAGCAUUACGAGAGCCCCAUCGAGUUUGACAGCAAGGAGGAGCACGCCGAGUUUGUGCUCGUCAGGAAAGACAUGCUGUUCAACCAGCUCAUUGAGAUGGCCCUUCUGUCACUGGGCUACUCACACAGCUCGGCGGCACAGGCGAAAGGUAGGACUGGCACAAGCACAUACUCUAUUGAUGACCCGCUCCCACACACAUACACAUACACACACAUGCACAAACUCAGACACGCACACACACACACCCACACACGCACAGGCCCGCUCCACGAACAAUAGAACUGGCCCUGCUAUGAUUUGGCUUAUCCCACAGCUUACCCCACACACACUGCCCCCCUUCCAUCCAUCCACACACACACACACACACACACGCACGCACACACACACACACACACACACACACACACACACACACACACACACACACACACACACACACACACACACACACACACACACACACACACACACACACACACACACCCCAUAGCUGUCCAGGCCUCCGAUAGUUUCCCAGCUGAUCUGAAGGCUCAGUAACGUAGGCUGACAUUGAUCCCAGACAGGGGAUGUAGCUACAUGUCUCUCAGGAGUUCUCAGGGCCUCUCUCUGCUCUGUAAACCUCUAGCUAGAACACUCAGUGGAAGUGAAGGUGGGACCCGUUGCAGCUGACUGCAACUCUAACACACAGACCUGGGCUAUUUCCAGGUGUCUCUGCCCUUUAUUACAGGCGGUCCAUCAUACAGCAACACAGUUCUCUGUAAUAGGACAUAGUGUAGGCUCUGAUGUUUUCAUGCCAUUUAUUGGGAGGGGGGCGGGGCUUACUGGGAAAAGAGAUGUCAAUCUUAAUGUGACCUUGCUGGAAUAAUAUAUUAUAAAUGUUUAUCUGUAUGUGUCUAAAUGUGAGAAACAUAACAUUUACAAUUGAUGGUGUUUGUGUUCCUCUGUCCAUUGCAGGUCUCAUUCAGGUGGGCAAGUGGAACCCGGUCCCACUGUCCUACGUGACGGACGCGCCGGACGCCACCGUGGCAGACAUGCUGCAGGACGUGUACCAUGUGGUCACACUGAAAAUUCAGCUGCACAGGUCAGUCUCUGCCCCGUUGCCCAAUCAACCCACCCACCCAAUGCCAGUCCAGUGAAGCACCCAACCCCACCACCUUCCAGACCCCACCACCCACUUAUGCCAGUCUAGUGUAGCAUGCGUACCUAGUUAACUUGUGUUAAACACCCAACACAUAGGCCUACCAUUUGCUUUCCAUGCUACCACACUAACUCAUAUUAGCAUAAUAGCCAUAGACCUUGCAGCAGCCAAAACUGCAAAGACAUAACUGCAAUCCAGCCAUACACCUGAUAGUCAUGGAUGGACUGGAAAUACAGUGCCUUGCAAAAGUAUUCAUCCCCCUUGGCGUUUUUCCUAUUUUGUUGCAUUACAACCUGUCAUUUAAAUGGAUUUUUAUUUGGAUUUCAUGUAAUGGACAUACACAAAAUAGUCCAAAUUGGUGAAGUGAAAUGAAAAAAAUUACAUUUUUCAAAUAAUUCUAAAAAAUAAAUAACGGAAAAGUGGUGCAUGCAUAUGUAUUCACCCCAUUUGCUAUGAAGCCUCUAAAUAAGAUCUGGUGAAACCAAUUACCUUCAGAAGUCACAUAAUUAGUUAAAAAAGUCCACCUGUGUGCAAUCUAAGUGUCACAUGAUCUGUCACAUGAUCUCAGUAUAAAUACACCUGUUCUGAAAGGCCCCAGAGUCUGCAACACCACUAAGCAAGGGGCACCACCAAGCAAGCGGCACCAUGAAGACCAAGGAGUGCUCCAAACAGGUCAGGGGCAAAGUUGUGGAGAAGUACAGAUCAGGGUUGGGUUAUAAAAAAAUAUCCAAAACUUUGAACAUCCCACUAUAAAUCCAUUAUAAAAAAAUUGAAAGAAUAUGGCACCACAACAAACCUGCCAAGAGAGGGCCACCCACCGAAACUCACGGACCAGGCAAGGAGGGCAUUAAUCAGAGAGGCAACAAAGAGACCAAAGAUAACCCUGAAGGAGCUGCAAAGCUCCACAGCGGAGAUUGGAGUAUCUGUCCAUUGGACCACUUUAAGCCGUACACUCCACAGAGCUGGGCUUUAUGGAAGAGUGGCCAGAAAAAAGCCAUUUAAAGAAAAAAAUAAGCAAACACAUUUGGAGUUCGCCAAAAGGCAUGUGGGAGACUCCCCAAACAUAUGGAAGAAGGUACUCUGGUCAGAUGAGACUAAAAUUGAGCUUUUUGGCCAUCAAGGAAAACGCUAUGUCUGGCGCAAACCCAACACCUCUCAUCACCCCGAGAACACCAUCCCCACAGUGAAGCAUGGUGGUGGCAGCAUCAUGCUGUGGGGAUGUUUUUCAUUGGCAGGGACUGGGAAACUGGUCAGAAUUGAAGGAAUGAUGGAUGGCACUAAAUACAGGGAAAUUCUUGAGGGAAACCUGUUUCAGUCUUCCAGAGAUUUGAGACUGGGACGGAGGUUCACCUUCCAGCAGGACAAUGACCCUAAGCAUACUGCUAAAGCAACACUCGAGUGGUUUAAGGGGAAACAUUUAAAUGUCUUGGAAUGGCCUAGUCAAAGUCCAGACCUUAAUCCAAUUGAGAACAUGUGGUAUGAUUUAAAGAUUGCUGUACACCAGCGGAACCCAUCCAACUUGAAGGAGCUGGAGCAGUUUUGCCUUGAAGAAUGAUCAAAAAUCCCAGUGGCUAGAUGUGCCAAGCUUAUAGGGACAUACUCCAAGAGACUUGCAGCUGUAAUUGCUGCAAAAGGUGGCUCUACAAAGUAUUGACUUUGGGGGGGGGGGGGGGGGGGUGAAUAGUUAUGCACGCUCAAGUUUUCUGUUUUUUUGUCUUAUUUCUUGUUUGUUUCACACAAAAAAUAUUUUGCAUCUUCAAAGUGGUAGGCAUCUUGUGUAAAUCAAAUGAUACAAAACCCCCCAAAAAUCCAUUUUAAUUCCAGGUUGUAAGGCAACAAAAAAGGAAAAAUGCCAAGGGGGGUGAAUAGUUUUGCAAGCCACUGUAGCAAUGGUAGCUAUCCAGUCCAUACAAAAACCAUGCAUGGCAGUCAGGUUUGCUCAUAGCACCUACUGUAAAGCCGCACACACCAUUUACGUUGACCACAGUCAGUAGCCACACCAACAAGAUCUCAGUUUCCCUUCGAAAUUCAACGUAUUAUGGAUGAACAUCUAUUUUUGGCGCUUUCAUUCCGCGGGUUACAGGGUUCAUGUUCAUUCAUGGUUACAGGGUUAAAACAGAAACAACUCGUGCCUCCUGAGUGGCGCAGCGGUCUAAGGCACUGCAUCACAGUGUUGCAGCGUCACUACAGCCUGGGGUUCGAUCCCAGGCUGUGUCACAACCAGCCGUGACCGGGAGUCCCAUAGUGCGGCGCACUAUUGGCCCAGCGUCGUCCGGGUUAGGGGAGGGUUUGGCCGGGGGGGCUUUACUUGGCUCAUUGCGCUCUAGCGACUCUUUGUGGCAGGCCAGGCCCCUGCAGGCUGACUUCCGUCGUCAGUUGAACAGUGUUUCCUCCGACACAUUGGUGCAGCUGGCUUCUGGGUUAAGCAAGUGGGUGUUAAGAAGUGCGGCUUGGCAGGUCAUGUUUUGGAGGACGCAUGACUCGACCUUCGCCUCUCCCGAGCCCGUUGGGGAGUUGCAGCGAUGAGACAAGAUUGUAAAAUCAUGAAAAUGGGUAGAAAAAGGGAGUAAAAAUUACAAAAAAUAAAUAAUAAUAAACAAAAAAUAAAUAAUAAUAAACAGAAACAACUCAAAGGUUAACAGAUUGGGCAUUAAUAGUUAGGGCUAUGGUUUUGGGGAAGGCUUAACAUUUUACUGCGGUGGGCUAAAUCAGGGUUCACACAGUGUUUCUUGGUAGUCUUAAACAAAUCUACUUUGAAACAAAAGUAUACACCUCACACACAUGGUUAUAGUCUUAAAAAAAGGAAAUUUCAUUACCAUGUCAGAUAUAGAGUUGAAAUGUAUUCAAUUUUGAGUUUGCAUUCCAAUAUUACACUUUAUAUACAUCACAGAAGACUGAAAUAAAACAAAACCGUUUGACAUAGAAACACAGAUUAUCUGUGUAAAAAAAAGAAGGUAUGUUUAUUAAUUAUGAAAUUAUGAAAAAUAUGAAAUACAUUCCACCCAUGAGGCCACUAGGUCAUUUGACUGCAGGAAAGGGCUACAACAAAAUAAUAACAAACUACGCACUAUUAUCAUCAGGUAUCAUCAGUAUUCACAGUGUUCUCAAGGCUUGCUAGAGCAUUGUGAACUGCAGUAGUGCAGUGGUCAAAGCAGACGCUCCAGCUCCGAUCAUCAUGAGUUCACGCCCAGUGCUGGGCAAUCUUCUUCUUCUAUUUUUUUUUGAGCGCCGAGGAAGGCAUAUAUUGACGUUCUCAGGACGUUUUCAAACGUCCAAAAUCGCCAUCUAUUUCUAAUGACCAGCCUGGCCACAAAGCCCACACGUACUGUUUACAGACCACAUAGCAGCCACAGACUACACACACACUGAGAUUGGUACUGCUGGUGUAGAGGCCUGUGCCAGCUGCACACACUCAGCCCUACCCUCACUAGCUCACUGCUAAUGCAACCCUCUAGGGGGCUGUUCACACACACACACACACACACACACACACACACACACACACACACAGGUUGUUCUCCCUCCCUCCCUCUCUUUCCUCCUCCCCUACUCUACACACACACCAGCCAGGACACAGAAGGUUGUGUUUAUUUCCAGCAAGCUAGUGUGCCUGCAUGGAUAGCUGUCUGUCUCCACCACUCACCCUCCUCUCUUUUCCUCCCCUCUGUUCCUUUGCUUUCCCCAGAGGCUCUCUAGCUGCUACAGCCGUUUAAGGUGUUCUGGCAAAGCCUCAACCAGAGCCAUGUGUGUUGGUGUGUGUGUGUGUGUUCGCCCUCUAUCUUUGAAUCCUCUAACUUCUAUAUAUCUACCUUCUGUUUAUUAUAUAUGCAUUACACAUAUCAAAGUACCUACAACCUUUUGAUAACCUCUAAGACAAUAGCAACCCAUAUCCCCCUAACACACACACAUAAACCCAAUAGACACCCAUACCAACUGUGGAGUGUGCGGUUCAUGUGUUUUUUUGCUGUUGCCAUAAUUCAGGAAUGCAUGCAAUGCGAACACGGCCAUAUGUCCCAUACACGUGACGUCUGCGCGGCGCGUGCUUGAUCAAAUGGAGAAAUCCUUAUCUGAAGCGAACGGGGCUCUCUCACUGGAGACCCGCUUGUUCACUUUCAAAUUCCUCCUCAUUAAUAUGAUCUGGUUUUAAAGGGGGUCCACUUGUCUGUAAAUAGAGUACAUUCAUCUGUGUAUCGCAUAGACGCAUACAUUCUUUGUCUUUUUAUCCAAAAAUGUUUUUACGUGCGGCAUGUUGUUAUUUCCUUUCCCCCCACUGCAGAAAUCUAGCCGGUAACACCUUAAAUUGUUUUCGCCGAGCACAUCGAGCCAGGAAGGUAGAAGUAACAUGAAAUAAUAGUGGCCACAUGCAGCUGAUGUAUAAUUCAUGCAUCAAUACAGCAGAUGUGUUGUAUAAAGUAAUUAACUAAUCAGAACAAUCAGGAGAGAGAGCGGGAAAGAGAGAGAGCGAGGGAGAAGGGAGAGAGGGAGAGAGAGCAAUCUCCAGAUGCAUCUGCUUAAUGCGCCAAAUGAAAUCUGUCUGUCUUGGAGGGGCGCUUGCAGCAGGAAAGCAAGCAAGGCCCUUUGCUCAUCUCUCACUCUCUUUCUUUUCCUCCUGUUCUCUCCUGUUCGCUGCUCUCUUUUCUCUCCUUCUCUCUAUUUCCCCAUCCCCUCUCGCAAUCUCCCUGUUCUCCGUCCUCUCCCCCCACCCUCAUCCCUUUCUCUUUCUCUCUCCCCCUCUAUCUCUUCCUCCUACCUCCUAUCUCGUCUCACAGUUGUCCUAAACUGGAGGACCUGCCGCCAGAGCAGUGGACCCACUCUACAGUAAGAAAUGCCCUCAAGGAGUUACUCAAAGACAUGAACCAGAGCUCUCUGGCAAAAGAAUGUCCCUUAUCACAGGUGCUGGAGCCGUCCACAAACCCCCACUAUUCCAUUUGCCAAAGACUGCCAGUGUCCCUUUUUCAAAUGCCCAGUUUGAUAGAGUGGAACACGAAGGAGAAUUGCCAUAGAAAAUCCAAAUCAAUACCCAUUGUCGUCCAUAUAGAUGCACGCCCCCCCCCCCCCCUUCUUCUUCUCUUCCCCCCUCAUUUGCAGAAGCAGUAGUGUUGAUUGAAUGCAGGGUUAUUGUUGGGUAAACAAUGGACCAACCCAGAAUAAUCUUGAUUUUUCUCUUUAUACAUCAGGCUAGAAAUAUGAAUGUUUUUGGAGUUUGUUUUCUCACCAUUAUGUAAUACACUCACUCUGUAUUCAAGUACUUGACUCUAUAGAAUUACUGCUCUCGUCGUAUAUCAUAGCUCAUAACAGAAGCUGUUCUGGAGGAAUGAAACAGCAGUAAAUCUAUCACAGGAGCCGUCUGGGUGUGUGUGUGCGCUUACGAUAUAGAGUGUGUUUGUGUGUGUGUGUGAGCGCUUAUGGUAUGGAGUGUGUGUGUUAUGGAGUACGGUAUGGAGUCGACUCUCCGUAUGGUCACCUAGAGGCCCGUGGUGUGUGUGUGUGUGUUUAGCCGGGCAGAGCGUGGUGAUGAUGUAAAGAGUCCCCCGGUGGCGUUCAGGCUGAGCCGCCGCUCCCUCCCUCUCUCCCUCAGCCCGGUAAUCACCCUGUUUACGGUCCAUAUGUGAACUACUCUCUGUGGUGCGGUCCAACCGCACAGGCUCAGAGGAUAGCAUCGAUGCUCCAUUUUACUCGGUUGUUCAGCUAUUGUCAUUUACUCAUUGUAAGACGCUCUGUGUAAGUAAGAGUGUCUGUUUUACAGGCUACCUAAAAUGAAAUAUGAAAUCCUAGUUGAGAUGUGCAUUGUUAAUCCCAAAUAUCAUAUAUGAUAUACUAAAAGCAGCUAUCCCUUCACUUGCAUUGUAGGGGUUCAAAGAUGGCUGACGUCAAAAUAUCUGACAUCUGUUAUACUGUGGGUUCUGCAUAGAUAUACCCAUAGAGAGGUGUGUUGUUGCUUUUAAUAGGUCUCUCUAUAAGUCUCAACGCUCAUUUGGUCCAUUGAGCCCAGCCCAGUAUUAGCCCUGCAUGGCUACUGUUGUUUCCUAUCAGUAUUCAACUUUGGCUCAGGGUCUCUGAUGUCAGUGCCUUGGGGGGGAUGUGAUGGGCGGCAGGUGAGAGGCCACAGAGGACUUGGCGCUCCUAAGGCUUCUGGGAAGCGAACGGUGCCCGGGGAGAGGAAAAGGGCGUGUUCGGAGGCAGGGAUGAUUGGCAGCUUUUAUAGGAUUAGUGUCUCCUUGAUAUUCAGGAGGGUAAUCCUGGGGAGAGAAAGGUUAACAAACAGAGAAUUGGGGGGAGAGAAUGAACCCUACCUCAGAACAGGGCUCAAAGAGAGAAAGAAAGAGGGGGGGCCAUCUUGAAAAACGGCGUCUUUGUUCUGGGUCUUGUCAAACAUUUAGUUUAAUUCUUUUGUGGCGGGGAGUCAUGCUUUGUGUGUUUGGCCUACAAAUGCCCUGAAGAGACUCUGACUCCAAGAGAGGGGAGGGGGGCCUGAGAGAAAAGAGACUGUGGCCAUUGUUAUUGUUCCCAGUGGAAUAUCAGUUGACUGCGCUCAGAUGGAGUUUGAGUGUAAUGCACCCUGUAGAGGAAAAGGAGAUGGGGUUCUCACAAAAAGGUUUGACUCCCGUCCACCCCCUUCUCCUCAACCACCACCCUCUCUGAGAGGGCCCGCUCGAACUUAACCCCCAGGCUCCUCUGAAACUACGGCAACAAAAGAGGCCCCCCUCACCUCUCUGCCUCCUCUCCUUCCCCCACCGGGCGGCCCUGACAGAGCAGCUGUCCUGUUGCAUAGCAGCAAAUAGCCAUCAAAUGCCAUCUUUGUGAGUCUGGGCUCUGCUCUGAGGCUGCCAGCGGCUGAGGUUGUGGUAGGUCCUAUUGGUGUGUAUGUAUGCUUGUGUGUGUGCAUGUGUGCGUACAUGUGUGUGUGUGUGUGUGGGGAGGGGUGGGGACUCUUAACCCAAUUGGUGUGGAAUUGACGGUAAUUUGUUUUAGAUGUUUGGGGGGGGGAGAAGCAAGAUAUUAGCCGCAAUCAGAACUAGAGAACAAGACAAGGGUGUGUGUAGGGUGUCUUAGUUAGUUUAUGUUUGUGUGUGUGCAUGUGCUUGCAGGCUAUGGCAGGCUUUGCCACCGUGCCUUUUUCAUGCGUCUCUCUCCCAUGACGGAAAGUGGAAUAGAUAGUUGGGGCAGAUAACGGCCCUGCGCAACUUCCUGGGCACACUGAUAAUCUCCUGUGCUGUAGAUGGCUAUCACUUAAAGGGCCCAGGGCAGGCAGACAGCAGCAUUCUGGUGCCACACUACACAACAGUACCCACCACUACCUGUUGAGGCUUCGUGGGCGCGAGGUGGUGGUGGUUAUCUGCAUGGCUUGGCAAGUGUGUGUAUUGUGUCUGUGCCUGUGUGUAGGUGUGUUUGUACCUGCCUGUGUGUGUACCUGCCACUGUGUGUGUGUGUCCCAGUGAGAGGCGUGAUGUAUGGAGGGAGAUGCCUGAUUAAUGAGGAGCGUUUAUUAGAACAUCUGUGUCAAAGAUGGAGGAACACAGGCAGUGUGUCUUGGGUGGGCCCUGCUAUAGCUGUCUCUGUCUCGCCCAGAUACUGUAAAUAAAACAUGCUACGCCCAAGGAAUGGCUCCCAUUAUGCCACAAUACUGACUAUAAGGUACUCACCAAAAUAGUGCAUUCAUAUGGACUUGGUUCAGCUGAUAUACUGUACUCUAUGUGCCAUUUUCUGUUAACACUAUUGAAGAUACCAAUCCUCAAUUGUCAGAUCCUCAAUAACUCAUCCUCAAUUAUCAUCCACAAUUCCGCAAUUCACCAGGCUUGUAGUGUAUGCCAGUUGUGUAGGGGUGUUGAGGUCAGGAGUUCACAGCAGCAGGCAAAAUCCUCCCUCGUCUUCCAUCUCCGGUGAGGAGGAGUGGGAGAUGUGGCUGCGGCUCUUCUGUCAGCGCCGUGUGUUGUUCACUGAAGUGCGUUUGUGCCAGAAGGUUCUCUCCCGUCCCCAAGUGCUCAUAUUAAAGAUAUGAUAAAGAUGGCAUACCUGUAAUUUGAAAACAGAUGGUUUCAUCUUUUGAAUAUUUAUAACAAUCAAAACAAUUUCUCCUGCUAUUCACCCGCAGGCCAGGAAGGUGUUAAAACAUUUAAUGAAAAGAAAACGGCGCCUUGUUUGCGAGGAAUGCGUUCGAGAAAUAAAUAGGGAAGAGUAGAGUCAAUUUUGGAGAAGGCGAGAGGGCACAGAUAUAAAGCCUUAUAUCCCUUGAAGAUGCUUUUUAACAUAUUGUGGAGAGCAAGAGAAAAAAACGAAAAAUUCAUCUGUUUACAUUGCCUGAUUUCCAGAUGCUAACUUUUAAUAGGCUGUUUGUUAUCUUUCUUUUUGAAAGCAAACUGCUCUUUACUGUAGGACUACACCCUGAUAUCAACAAGGCUACUAAUUCAGUGAAGCCCAUUAUUUACCUUCCUCCCAGAAAGGUUCUCUCAAACUCUGUGGCAUUUGCUAUAAAGGGACACACCUCUUAUAUUUCAUUUUGAUUUGUUUUACAUUUGGAAAGACAAGACCAAGAUUUGUGCAUGACUGAUAACAAAUGGUCUUUGCUAGAUUAUUGUUGUUUGUGCACCGAAAUGUUUUAUUCAUUUUGACAAGGAAAACACUGUAUUAGUGCAUGUCACACCAGCAUUAAUACAUGUCCUUGUGCUGCACAUAGCGGAUCCUGAAGGUUUUCUCUCUCUUUACCAAUCUCUCUCUUUCAGAGUAUGAUUUCCUCCAUUGUGAACAGCACUUACUAUGCAAAUGUGUCGGCGGCGAAGUGUCAGGAAUUUGGGCGCUGGUAUAAACAUUUCAAGAAGACAAAAGAUAUGAUGGGUAAGCAAAAUGGACCGAGUGCAAAAUGUUACACUAACACUGUCUUAUCAGAACCCCCCAAUCACCAUUCCAAUAUGUCUGCCCCAUAGUCCCCCCCUCUUCCUGGUACAUUAAACACAUUUUAAUCACAUCAUCUAAUGAUGGCUUUUCUCAGAUAUUUCCCUGUACACUGCUCAGGUGCACAAUGUUUUCACUGUUUUUCCUGAAUCCAUUCUGUGUAAUCUAUUAUUGCUUAUCAGAUGUAGUUUAGUAUUCAGUAAUGCCUGUCAAAAUCACAGACUAAAUUGAGGUCUGCGACCUUUGUUUAUGAAUACGGUUUCAGUUUCCUACAAAUGACAUAGUGAUGAUUUUCCUGGCUAUCAUCUGGUUUGAAAUCAAUGUGUUUUUCGUUGUCAAAAUAGAACAAGGCUGGCUUUGUAUUUUAGAUAACUCACUUAGUCCUCCUUGUCUCUUUUUGGAAAUGAGGUCACAUAAUUCAGGUACUGUCUAUUUUAUGUGUUUUGGUCAUUAAAUACCAUACCAGUCAUAUUAAUGGAGUUUAAUAUGCAGUAAAAUAGAGUAUUGGUUUCAACCUUCUGUGUAGAAAUCCACCUUCCUAUACAAGCUAGUGCCCAUGUUGAUUACAGUCAAGAUCAGUUGCAGUCGGUGCUGUUUAAGAUUAGGGAGGACGGUAAAUGUUUUUAUGAGCAUGGCCUUAUUUCUAUUACAACAUAUUUGAUGACUGUCAUUCAUAUUCUAUUCACCCAGCUCAAUGUAACGUCGAUAGGUUUAGGCUACUAUAUGAUACUCAAAUGUUCCUACUGUAAACCUUCAUUACAAAACAGUGUAUUUUAAUCAGUUAUUUGGUGACAUGAAUAUAUUUAGUAUAGUUUUAUCUAAAAAGGAUAACUUUUGUAAUGUUUCACUAUUUUAAUUUUAUGAAAUUCACUGAGUAGGAUGGUCCUCCCCUUCCUCCUCUGAGGAGCCUCCACUGGUCAAGAUAGAAAACCAGAAUGUUUUCAUGGUUUUGCCUGUGAACGCUCUGUUUUGAUCAUAUCAUACUCCAUUUUUCUGUUAAAAACAUGGACACAUAACACCACUGGCCCCCUACCCAUCCUCUUGUGUACAUACACACAUUUUACGUAACAUUCUUUAUGGUUUAUGGAAGAGUACAUAAAGAAUGUAGGAUCUCAAGUAGAAGCGAUGUUGAAACUACACAUUUAGACAAGUCCUGUGUGAUAUUUAUGUAUACUUGGGAUAUGAGGUGAAGCAUAGUGGGUAUCAACUCUGUGGCAUCCCUUAUGUCCACAUGAACCCUUUCUUCCCCUGGUCAUAUAUAAUGUAGAUUGAAUGGGGCGUUAACCCUCUCUUUCUCUCUCUUCACCUGUGCACUGUGUGGCUUCUCCUCUCUCUAUGUGUGUGUGUGUGUGCCUGUCUUGCCCACACGUAUGUGCAGGCAUGCGCCAACCCUCACAGCUGGAGGGCUACCUGGGGACGUGUGUCCUCCACGACAGCCCGCGUGCCAACACACUAGGUACGUCACGUGGCCACACACACCGUCUGUGGGCACACACACACACUGCACUGUGUCCCUACCCAGUCCCUGCAAAAGCUGGCACCCCUCAGGUGGCUGUUUGCCGCCCGCGGCGACACUCUCAACCUUAAUAUUCAUGAAAGAAUGCCUACUAUGCGUGCCCGUUGAGUGGCAGCGAUGGCAUAGAGGGCACUGUUGAAAGGGAGCGUGUUAGUCUCUCCUUUGUGCUUCAGUGCGACUGUAGUUUCAUAAACAUACACUUAGUCCACCACCAUGGGCAGUGUAGUUAUAUUGUCUUACAUCGAGACACUGUCUGUAAUUGAAAAUGCGUCUGGUUAAACACAUUGAAGGGCCUUGGUCGACAGUCACUGCUGUCAGAGCUGCCUCUAUGGGACCCAGCAAAGUGGUCUCUACUCUGUUGAAGUGUGAGAGCAGUUCAGGGCAGUCCCCCUAUCCAGCAGGAGAGAGAGUUCCAUGGGGUUUGGACACCUGUUCACUCCCCCGUCUCUCUCUCCCCCACUCUCUCUCGCCCCCCUCCCUCCCUCUCUCUCUCUCUCUCACUCUCUCUCUCUCUCUCUCCUCUCUCUCUCUCUCUCUCUCUCUCUCUCUCUCUCUCGCUCUCUCUCUCUCUCAACCCCCCUCUCUCUCCCCCCCUCUCUCUCUCUCUCUCUCUCUCUCUCUCCCUCCCUCUCUUCCUCCCUCUCUCUUUCUCUCUUUCUCUCUCUCCCCCUCCCUCCCUCGCUCUCCCUCCCUCUCUCAACCCACAUCCCAUUCCCAUUGUGUGUAUAAUCCGGGGCUCUUUUGUGGCUGGAUUCCACACAAGGACUCCCACUUCUGUGGCUGCCUUUUCUCCAGGGCCUGCCGUGCUUUUCUGCCACCCCUUGUUUUUCAAAUUGCAUGGAAAUGCUGUGUGUGUGUGUGUGUGUGUGCGCUCAGUAUGUGUGUGUGUGUGUAUUUGUGAGCAUGCCCCCCAGCAAUGUGUGUGAGCACAGAGUAGAGUGUCAAGAGCAAAGCAUCACAGCCAGGGAAUGCCAAGGAUUAUGGGAGAGAUGUAAUUAUUACCACGUUUUUUUUUCUCUUAAUAAUUUGUUUAGACAAAUACUGAAAAGAACAGUCUUGGCCGGUUUUUGUGUUUCCUGACAGUUAAGAAAACAUGCUGCUAUACUUGUGAUUAUUGUGUGUAUUUUUGGAUCUCUUCCAGGCUCUCAAUCUUUUAUCUCCCGCUGAAAUAUUGAGUUUGUGGAAGAUUUUCUCCUGCUAACACCAAUUUGUGCUUCUCAGAAAUAUGAUUUGUAUGAUUCAAUAUGAUUUUUUGGCCCCAUGUUGGCAGUUGCUCACAUCUAGGUGUAAAUGGUACUAUAUGGAUUAUUUAAGAGAUACUAUUCUAAGUUCAGUGCAUGUAAAUGAUUAAAUCUAUAUGAAUUCUUUAGAUAGAAAACCUCAGCAGAUUCUACCAGAUCCAAAUACUGGAGUGAGUCUGACGAAACCUCACAUUCACUCAUAGUCACUUUAAUAUCCCCUUAGAUUUUUUAAUGAUUAUUUUCAUCCACAGACGUGUAAUUUAGACAGAGCUCAAAAUGCUCACAAGCUGCCAUUAUGGACUUAAAUAUUCCCAAAAUGAGAGAGACACCAUAAAUAGUACAUUCAUCUUUCCUUAGGCCUGAACAGGCUGGAAUAUGGAAGAGGUCAUGUCUAGGAUUCUCUUUAUAAGAUAGUGCUUCUCUCUCUCUCGCUCUCUCUCUCUCUCUCUCUCUCUCUCUCUCUCUCUCUCUCUCUCUCCUACUCUCUCUCUCUCUUUCCUGGAGUUAUAUUUAGGCCGUCCCCAAAAUUUUUAUAUUGGCUAGCUUCCGUACCUUGUUUUAGAAUUAGGGACAUAAAGAGUGAUUCAGGGAUGAUCUGUCUCCCAGUAUGCGCAGACACACACACACACACACACACACACACACACACACACACACACACACACACACACACACACACACACACACUUGUUUUUAUUGCUCACAUGAUUGGGCCAUGGACAUUAUAAACUAAUUUCGGGAGCUGCCAAGGCUCUGGGGGCUGCCUGCAUGUUGCACACUGAGGCCCUUUAUCUGGGGCCUGAAUCUAGGCUGGGGCUUUUUAGACAGGCAAGUGUCUGAACAGCUAUGCCUUAUCACAGGGACACAGGUUUGGUCAGAGGCUGUAAAGUUUUGUUGCUCAGAGAUUUGGCCUGAUGCACUGUUUUAAAUGUCAAAGUCUGUUUUACUCAUCUGAGUGGGUUAGACAGUGUGUAUUGGUGCAUUCUGUCUGGGCACUUUCUGCUGUAUUCUUCAGCCAGUAUUCAAAGUGUUUAAAUUGACCCUCUCUCUCCUCUCCCCCUCCCUCCCCUGUCUUUCCCCUCCUCCAGCAGACAUGGACGGCCUGUCCGACCACUCCCCUCCGGGCCCCAACCACAACCACAAUCACAACCACCUGACCUUCUCCCAGCAACCCAUCCCGGGCAGCACGGCCGAGCAGCCCCCCUCCUCCCCGGUGCUCCCCCUGCCCCCUCCGUCCCACGGUGGGGGCCAGACCCCUGGCCGCCCGGCUCAGCUCCCCCCCGGCCUGCACCACCCAGGCCUGGUAUCCACCCCCAUCAGCCCCCAGCUGGUGAACCAGCAGCUGGUCAUGGCCCAGAUUCUCAACCAGCAGUACGCCGUCAACCGGCUCCUGGCACAGCAGUCGCUGUCGCAGCAGUACCUCAACCACCCGCCAGUCAACCGAAAUGCCCUGGCCAAGCCCCUGGAGCCCCAGGUAGCCAGCAACACAGAGGUGUCCAUGGAGAUAUACCAGUGGGUGAGGGACGAGCUGAAGAGGGCCGGCAUCUCCCAAGCCGUGUUCGCCCGCGUGGCUUUCAACAGGACCCAGGUGAGGAGGGUCAGAAUUGAACUAUGACUUUUGCAUAAAUCACCCAUUGAUGCCAAUAGGAGAUUUGGGGAAAAAUCGCAACACCUCAAGAUAGUAUUAUGUGCUACCAGGACUGGAAAUUCAAGAAUACACACUUACCCUUCCCUAAAGCACUCUGACAUAUCUGUCACAAGGACAGAAUUGUUUUGAGUUAUAGUGCCUCAAAGUCAAACUCUGCAUUCUUGUCGAAGGCCAUCAUCAAAACAGUUAAUCUUAUAACUGCUUACAACAACCUAACACCACAACAUUAACUAUUUAAAAGCUACAGUACACCUGGCAAGCCACAACGUCAGAGCACCAGGCGCGGUCACGGCUUGCACUCCCUCCGCUAAAACAUGUGAUUUCACUUUACAGGCAGGCGCGCAGCAGGGCCCUGACAGAGAUAAUGUCUUAAGAUGUUCUGCAUAUUUUGGGGGGAGGUGGCAGCAAACCUCAUUACUCCUCCGCCACUUUGAAGUUGUGUGCGAAACCUCUUGAUAAGAAUCUAUUGGAAUCAGUGCGUACCGACGCUCUCCCCACAAAAAAAGUUAAGUGGAUAGCAAGCAGACAGUGGUGUUUUUGUGCAAAUUGGCAAGCCUCUCUCCUUUCAGCUUUAUCUCGCCUGUAUGAAGAAUUAGUAAUGUGCCUUUUGAGAGCCUCCUCUUGUAUUAUUUAUAGUGUGUUAGUUUUUUUCUCUUCCUGUUUCUGCCGAGCGUGUUAAUAAAGGGUGCGUGUGGCGACCCGCAGGGGGUGGCGUCUACACGGGGCGAGGUGGACACACGGGGGCUCGCCGGCCCUUUUUUGUAGAAGCGGCCGAUUGACUGGGGAGAUUAAUGGAAAGGGGUGAUAGCUGGGCGUAAUAAACAUACAUGCACAAACACAAUCACACACACAUGCGUAUACGCAAACACAUAACACACACACUGCGCACACACACACAUAAUCUCACACAAUCUUCAGAAUACCUGUGACAUGCACUCAAUGUCAGUUUGAAAGCUUGUCUCCCCGUUCAGAGUUGAUGCCUCUAUCUAGUUAUACAUACUUGGCUCCGUCAUAAGGUUGUCUAUUCUAAUGUUCUUUAGUGUUUCAUAAAGUCACAAGUACAAUGUGUUUUCUUAAACUACCAUACCAUUAGUUAAACAUUCCGUUAUUGUUUGCGGGGCCACUAGUUCUAACUCUGGUAUUUGGUGUAAAUAUCAACAGCACUGACAUCAUGUUGUUUAUUACAAAAUCAUUUUGUUUAUUUCCAAAUCACACACCUAUUGAUAAAGAGAAGCUGAAAAUGGAUUUCUCAGUGUGUGUCCAACGGCGGAUGAAAAGCCUCAAUCACACAGUCCUGAUAAUACAGUGAUUCCCAUAAUGACAUGAUUCAUAGCUAUUGAAAAGGAACAGCGGAUACACUGAUUGCUACACUGAUGCUCACUGAGUCAAUAUGCUGUAAUAGUUACAUUAUCCUCUGGGUCUGUGAGAGUUUACUAGUAGAAAUAGAAUGUUCACAAUGGACAUUGAAGGUCCUGUAGUGAUGUCAAUGAAUGAGUCUUCUCAGGGCUUACAAGAGGGCAUCUCUUUAUCUGAUGAGAAGAGAGCGCGAAGAGAUUACUAGAGCAGAGCUCGAUCUGAUGAUGACGAGAUACAGCUGAUCGCUAUCGAUAAUCAAGAUGAAUCUGAUAUAUACUAUACUCAUCUCUCUCUUAUCUCUCUCUCUCUAUCUUCGUCUCUCUCUUCUCUAUCUCUCUCUCUCUCUCUCUCUCUCUCUCUCUCUCUCUCUCUCUCCCUCCCUCUCUUCCUCCCAGGGCCUGUUGUCUGAGAUCCUGCGUAAAGAGGAGGAUCCUAAGACGGCCAGCCAGUCUCUGCUGGUCAACCUGCGGGCCAUGCAGAACUUCCUGCAACUGCCCGAGGUCGAGCGAGACCGCAUCUACCAGGACGAGAGGGAAAGGAGCCUGACGGCCGCCUCGGCCAUGGGGCCUGCGCCACUCAUCAGCACCCCGCCCACCCGGCCAGUGCAGGUAUGGAACGAACAGGCAAGCAUACACACAGACAGAGGAGCGUGCACACACACACUACAGACAUCUCAAAUCAUUUAUUUUGACCUUAAGUUGUACAGCAAGUGCCACUACCCACCCCACUCUUAAAAUUGGAAGCAACUCAAUGACGACAAGUUCUGUGGAGGAGAGAAUCUCCCCCAGUCUGUCAGUCAAUCAGUUCCUCAUUCAACUCUCUGACCACCAGCUCUCCACUGUCUCUCCCACAAUCAAAGUUCUUUAUUGGAAAGGUAUGUGGCAACUUUUCCACUUAAGCACAUUUUGAGUGCGGUCGAGAGUGUCUGGGGCGGAGAGGGCCAGACAAAGGCCUCCUCUGUUCAGCCUCGGACUGAAGACGGCCUUUUCUUUGAGAGAGAGAAUGUUCCUGUGCCACACAUUGGCCAAACAGGGAGGCCCCUUUGACUGCAUGGCCAGAUCGCAGUGGCCGUCCUUACAAAACUGGAAGGAAAGGGAAGAAUCAGACUCUGAACCAGUGGUUUUAAAGUAGGAAAAGGCCACUUUGCAGUUCACAGGUCUUCCUCAACAGUCAGUUGGCUGUGAAAGCUGGACAUGGAAAAAGGGAGAGAGAGACCAAUAGAGAGAGGGCAAGAGACAGACACAGAGAGGGAGACAGAGUGAGAGAGAGAAAGCGAGAGAGUGAGCGAGAGAGAGAGAGAUGUCCCUCUUACAAUGACACAUUGACCAGACUAAACCAUGUUUUUAGCUAUAAGACAUACCUCUGUUCAGGCCCUAAUUCUGUUUACUUCAGUGCAUCCAUUUCAAACUUGUGGAUCAGGAGGUGCAUACACCUUUCUCAAUUGAAUAAUUGUCUUAGUCGAAUUCCAGGGCUGGGAUUUCAGUUUUUAGAGUUGUGGAGGUGGGCUUGUAUACUGAAUGUGUCAUUUUAUGGAGUAGUACAGGAAACACAGACCUUGUCAUUUCAUUAUAACCGGCGUAUAAGCAAUGAUUAAAUGUCAGACGAAUAGCCAAUUGCUAUACAGUUAUUUACUUCUUGCUGAACAUAAAACAUCAUAGUAGCAUAUGAUCAUCUGCCCUAAUAGGCUUUUCUAUAUUCUACCCUUCACCUAUGACUGAGUCCUAUCAAAGUAGGCCUAGCCCUGGCCUGGACAUAUGCCAGACUCCCACUGACAGCUCCUAUAGAGUAUAAAGUAAUGCGUUGGGAGAUUUAGCCACAUAAAUCAGUCAGGGUGGCAAUUGAACAGAGACAGGGAGGCUUUUAUGGGCCUCCUAAAAAACGAUGCGGAGGUAUGUUUCUCAUGUGUGCCCAUGGGUGGCUCCAGUGCCCUCACCAGCCUCUGCAUGUCCCAGGCUUAACAAUUAGAGCUACUGAGGAAAUUGUUGGUAAUCAGUACACACUCUGACACCCCUCGCCUACUGAGUCAUAAAUGGUUUAAAAGAUGCCCAGGAAUCAUAAAACAUUCCAGUUUACCACAAAUGUGGGGUCCAUUAUCUUUUCAUAACCACCAAAAUGGCUCCCCUGUUAGAUGUCUAGACAUAUACAUUAAACAUUUAUUUUAGAUUUUUACAGAUUGUUUUGGGCAAGUUUGUAACUGACAAGAUUAAUACUGAGUAAUUUAAUUAUUGCCUACAUGUAAAAAAAUAAUAUAUGUUUUCAGUAUUCACAUAAGUUUUAUAAGUGUUUCCUCUGGACUUUGCAUAUGAAUGAUAAUUGUAUGAUUUAUUCUGAUUCGAUUCGAUUUUUAGAAUUUGAGUAAUAUUUAUUCUCAAAGGUUUCUCUUACUCCAGAGACAACAAGCCACGGCAGUGAUGUUGAUUCAAUUCCAUGAAUCUCUUUGCAAUCUGAUUUCUGAUCAGUUUAGCUUAAUCAAUGAGACUGCAGUGUACUAAAGUUAUCAUUGCACAUGUACUAUACUGCCUUUAUGUUGACACAGCCUAAACAUUUGUUAUUGUGUGGGUGUUUGUGUUUGUGUGUGUGUGUGUGUGUGUGUGCGUGCGUGUUUGUCUGUGCUAAUGUGUGUGCGUGUGUUGUUAAAUCUUCUUUCUGAGGGUGAGACUAAACAAACAUGUCUUUGUUGCCCCAGCAGCCCAGGAGAGAAGACUGUAACAACGUCAGACCUGAGGACUGGAACCCCAGAAUCCCUGUGGGCAUCUCUCCUGUAAGCAAACACAACAAUUAACCAUCUCUUUGUAACACUUUCACUGUUACUGUACUGUUCCAAUAACAUGUUGUUAUUAAUGGUUAUCGUAAUACUGCAUGUUACUUAUUAAUAAGUAAUUAAAUUAAUAAAGACUUAUUUAUUAAUAGUUUAUAAAUUGUUUAUUAAUGCUUAUUCGUAAAAGUUACUAUAAAGUGUUACCAAUAUGUUAUCUUAUAUUUGUUAAGUGAAGUUAAUUAGACAAAUGAUGAAAUGUAUGAAAUAAUUGAAUGUAAAAUUGUCUCCCAUGUUUUAAACCUAGUUUACUUUCCUCCCUUUACCUAUCUGGACAGAUCCCCGAAUCCAGAAAACAUGGCAGCAUCACCUUGUUUUCCAACCCUUUUGCUGACACUCCUUAUCCUGCCCAGGUGAAGGCCUCUCCGCUUCCCAGCGAGUGGAACGGCAAGACGGAGAGCUGCAUCCUCAACAUCAACUCCUCCAUCUAUGACGAGAUCCAGCAGGAGAUGAAGAGGGCCAAGGUGUCCCAGGCUCUGUUUGCCAAGGUGGCCGCCUCCAAGAGUCAGGUACAGACCCAUAUACUGACUUAGACGCCGGUUGCCAUUUUGGUACAGACACGCAACAUACAGUUCUAGGCCACAGACACUAAGAGCAGAUCUCAGUUGACAUUCUCGUUGCUAUUUUAGUACAGACACACAGACCUACAGAACAACACCAUAAGCAAUAAGUAUUAUUUUCCGUUUUGCCACGCAGUAGAAGAGGGUUAACUGAGAAACUGGUAUCAUUUUGAGAGAGGACUGCAGAAAUUGCCACUAAACAUUUAAACAAAAUGUUGAACAAAAGAAUGUGUCUCAGGCUAUCUCAUUGGGAACGUAUGUUAUUAAACUAUAAGUUACAGUUCUGUGGACGUUACAGCUUGAAAUAUAAUACACACAUCAAUAUUUACAGAGCUAAUAUUUUCAUUUCAUGCCUGAACUUGUCGUGGAGACAAUUUGGCUCCUUCCCAGUGUGGUUGAUGAAACAUUAGAAAACAAAGGAAUAAAACACAAUAUAAAACCAGAUCUGGAGACAUUCACCAGUUAGGGGGUUCAAAAACUGAAGCGCCACAUUGUGCAACUCUGCUCUCUUCACCGACUGGUGAUUUAUCGUCAUAAUGACAUAUGUCUCCUAUAUUGUGGGUUUAGCGAACAGCAGACAGUGUUUCAACACAAAACAAACCUGUUUAUAUUAGCUGUGCUCUGAAUGACUCUCAACUAAAGCGGAGCCUGUUAUCUCGCCCAGGCAACAACCCACUCGUUGAAUACCGGCUUGUGUGAGCAAAAUUACCAUCAGUUUAACUCUUAUUAAAACUAAUUAAAGAAAUGCGGAGCAAGCCGUUAUUAUUAAAGGUUUCAUAUAUCGGGGGAGCACAGUUGAAAAUGUUUCCACAAUUGUUACUUGAUGAAGAAAAAGAAAAUAGAUUAAACAGGGGCCAAAUUAUCUGGAAAUAUCUGUGGAGGUUUUUAUUUUUUUCGCUGAUUGCGAUGAUUAUAGAGCCAGAUACCUUUGUUUUACCAAAUUGCAGUUUGAUGCACAAACCAUUGUUUUUGUUCAGGAGUUCAAAGACUUUUUGGAAGAGAGGAGAGAAGAGGGUGAGAAAAAAUAUCUCUUCUCAGAUUAUCGUUUGUGAGUGAACAGGUUUCCACUGUGCUCCCUCCCUCCCUCCCCUCUCUCUCUCUUCUCUCCCUCUCUCUCUGUCUCUCUCUCGCUCUCUUCCCUCUCUCUUCCCUGUCUCCCUGUUCCUCCAUUCAUGGCGAUGGAGGCGGAGGGUGUGAAUGUGAAUUGAGCAGCAGAUAAGAAGUGUGCUAAUUAUGCCUGUGAAAGGGGGCCUGGGAGAGCACUUAUCUCUGGCUCCAUCUCGUAAUGGGCGCUCCCCGGGCAGCUGGUGCCCCUCCCGGCCCAGGCCCACACCACCACCAGGGGCAGUGGCGGCUCCACACCGCACCAGGCCCAGACUCAGUACCAGAGACCCAGGUCCUACCCUUUAGCCCAGUGGGGGCUGCUGGUGCUGGGGUUGGAGUGUGAGGGAAAGAGGAGCUGGUGGUGGUGGAUGGUGGUGGGGGAUGGGUCCAUCCAUUGGGGAUGUAGACUGGCAGGAGGAAUGGGGGUUUUGGGGGAGGGGUCGGCUCAUCCUCGAUAUGGAGGCUGGCACAUGCGUGUCUGAUUGGUGUGCCGUGCCCCCUCUGCUCACUGCCAUGCCGGCAAAGUGCAGGAAUUCUCGGUGGUCACACGCUCGCAUGUAUGCAGCCCACCACCCUGGAAGAGCUGGCAAAUGGUGGGGGGUUGGAGGACAGGAGAGCUUGGCUCAGGCAGCUAUUGUGUGUUUGUGUGUGUUUGCCUCGUCUAGCCCUGCCCCU